CUUCACUCUGCAAAAAGCCACACGUUGGGUGAACCACGGGGAUCUUCUGGGGCUGCUCCUUCCCGCAGGAUCCCUGCAUUCCCUCAUGGACCAGCCAGGAGCUCCACGCUGUGCCACUGCCAGAUGAACAUGGGCUUCCCUGCGUGGCUUCUCACCCAUGGAUGGGAAUAAUUUUGGGUCUGCCUUGACGCCAGUUGACACCUCUUGGUGCCUGACUUGGUUUCUGCUGGGAGGUUCUUCCCCUCUGAAGGACCCGUGGGGAUCAGAUCGGCUCUUGGGUGGAGCUUGCAGCAACUUCUGACGCUCUGUCUGUGCGAAACUGGCUGUAAAUAAAUCUCCUGAGCGCUGUGGAGGGAUGGAAACUGCAGCUGAGGAAUGAUUUUGGGGAGAGGAAGAUGGAAAAGCACGAGCAAACUGUUAUGGAAGUGCAAAUUUCCUCCUAAAGGAUUCGGCAGAUGCACCAGCGAUGGAGUCUGGCUGUAGCCCCAGCAAGGGAGAUUUCUCCUCAGAGCAAACCUGUUAACCCUUUGGAGGGAGUGCCUGGGCAUGAGGAGGAGCUGCUGAGCAGAGCUCUGCUGCAGGUUUAGUGGCCCCACAGGGAAGCUCUUUGUGACCUGCAGGACCAUCUCUCCUGGCAAUGGAUAAAUUCACAAAUGGGCAGCCAGGCCCAGCUCAGAGGAACAGGCUCAUAGGACUGCUGGAAACAGAUGACAGCCCCCAGGAGGAGAAACCUGCCCCGAGCAAAAAGGAGGAAAGGUCAGGACCUGGGAGGAAAGGAGAGCCACAGCCCUUGGAGACACCUUACCAGAAGGAGAGCAGUGACUUUGCCCCUAAAAUCAAGAUUAAUCUGAAUUAUCGGCCAGGACUCGUCAGCAACCAGAAGGACCCGAAUCGCUUUGACAGGGAGCGGCUGUUCAGCGCCGUGGUCAGGGGCAGCCCGCAGGCUCUGGAGGGAUUGCUGGAGUACUUAAGGAGGAACUCCAAAUUCCUCACCAAUUCCGAGUACACAGAUGCAAAGACUGGGAAGACCUGCUUAAUGAAAGCCCUGCUGAACUUGAAAAAUGGGAAGAAUGACACAAUCCCAGUCUUGCUGGAAAUAGACCAAAAGACACAGAACCCCAGGCCCCUUGUCAACGUGUCCUGCUCUGACUGUUUCUACAGAGGCCAGACUGCCCUGCACAUUGCCAUCGAGAAGAGGAGCCUGGAGAUGGUGAAGCUGCUGGUGGAGAACGGAGCUGAUGUCCACGCCAGGGCCCACGGGGAGUUCUUCAGGAAGAAGAAAGAAGGAGUUUACUUUUAUUUUGGUGAGCUUCCCCUGUCCUUGGCUGCCUGCACCAACCAGCUGGAUGUGGUGGAUUACCUUUUGAACAACCCCCACCAGAAAGCCAGGCUGCAGGAGCAGGACACCCAGGGCAACACGGUGCUGCACGCCCUGGUGAUGAUUGCAGAUGACACCGAGGAGAACACCAAGUUUGUCAGCAGCACCUACGUGGAGAUCCUCAAGGCGGGCGUGAAGCUGGACCCCACCUGCAAACUGGAGGAGAUUGUCAACUAUGACGGCUUAAAUCCCCUGCAGCUUGCUGCCAAGACAGGCAAAGUGGAGAUCUUCAGGCACAUCAUCCAGAGGGAGAUCCAGGAGCCCCCGUACCGGCACCUGUCCCGCAAGUUCACCGAGUGGACCUACGGCCCCAUCCAUGUGUCCCUCUACGACCUGUCCUCCCUGGACAGCUUCGAGGAGAACUCUGUGCUGGAGAUCCUGGCCUACAGCAGUGACACCCCGAACCGGUACAAGAUGGUGGUUUUGGAGCCACUGAACAAACUGCUUCAGCAAAAAUGGGAAACCUUUGCUUCCAAGAGAUUCUACUUCAGCUUUGUCUCCUACCUGUCAUUCAUGAUCAUCUUCACAGCCAUUGCAUACUAUCAGCCCUUGAGGGUAAAGCCUUCCUUCCCAGUGGAGUUCACAGCUGGAGGCUUCCUGUGGGUCUCUGGACUGAUCAUUAUCCUGUUAGGAGGCAUUUAUCUGAUCUUUGCCCAGAGCCUGUACCUGAGGAGGAGGCGCCAGUCCCUGAAGACCAUGUGCUCUGACAGCUGCAUCGAGAUCCUCAUCUUCAUCCAGGCCUUCUCCCUGCUGCUGUCAGCAGUGCUGUAUGGAGCCAGCUCAGAGAACUACGUGGCAGUGAUGGUGUUCUCCCUGCUGCUGGGCUGGGUGAACACUCUCUACUACACCCGCGGCUUCCAGCGCACCGGCAUCUACAGCGUCAUGAUCCAGAAGACCAUCAUGAGAGACCUGCUGCGUUUCCUCCUGGUCUACAUGAUCUUCCUCUUUGGCUUUGCUGCAGCCCUGGUGACGCUGAUGGGCGAUGCCCCCUCAGUGUCCCACAACAAGUCCCUGGCUCCCCUGGAGAGCUCGGGCAGCCACGCCAUGUACGGGGGGCUGCUCAGCGUCUCCCUGGAGCUCUUCAAGAUCACCAUCGGCAUGGGGGACCUGGAUUUCCAGGAGCACGCCAGGUUCAGGUACUUUGUCAUGCUGCUGCUGCUGCUGUUUGUGAUCCUCACCUACAUCCUGCUGCUGAACAUGCUGAUUGCCCUCAUGAGCGAGACCGUCACGGAUAUCUCUGGCUACAGCAAGAGCGUCUGGAAGCUGCAGAGGGCAAUUGCCAUCCUGGAAAUCGAGAAGGCCUGGCUGUGGCGCCAGGGGGGGAAGAGGAGAUCUGGCUGCUUCAUGUCCGUGGGGCUCAACAAGAAAGAUGAGAGGUGGUGCUUCAGAGUAGAGGAAAUUAAAUGGACAGAUUGGGCAAAGGAUGUGGGAGUUCUGAAGGAAGAACCUGGGAGCACCAAUGAUUCAGAACUAAAUCCAGAAGACACCAGCGCCUGGAGACCAGCCCAGAAACCACCCCGAGCAGCUGCCCCGGAGGAGCUGGCCCUGCUGCAGCCCCAGGCACCUGGCACAGAGAUGGUUCCUCUGCACAGACAGCCCAGAGAGCUCUGACAGCCCCUCUGAACCUGCCUCCAACUGCGGAGGAGCUGCUCUUCCCCAGCAGCUGCAAGAGCUGGGGACACUGUCAGCAGCAAAGUGCAUUUCGUGGAGGACUGUGGCUCAGCCUGUGGCUUUGAGUGUUGUCAUGCACUUUAAUG